CCCCCCACCUGCUCAGCGCUGUCAGCCUGCAGUGGGCACGCAGGCGCGGGACGAUGGAGAGCUGGGAGGCUGUGGAGGGUCGGCUUGGUGAUCGUGCUACAACCUCUGGGCUAUUCAUGUAAUUCCGGGGCCAAACCCCCUGCUUCUUCCAUUCUGAAUCCAGCUGGCAUCUUACGCAGACCCCAGACUCACAACCCUUUUCUAACAACAAGUCCUUUAGACCCCAGAUGUUGUCUCAGACCCAAAACUCCUUGGACCGCAAACCUCUCCUUGGACUAUAAGAUGCUCUUCUUUCAGUCUCAGACUACUGCUUCCAUCCUAGACCUUUUGCCUUCACUCCACCUCCAAAACCCUCUGAAACCCCCGGCUCCUCGGUCAUCCCUGACUGCUUUUUCGCCUUCAGACUCCUUGGAUAACGGUUUCCGACCUCAGAUCCUCUUUCAACAGCAACCUCUUCGGGAAGCCCUGAUCCAUCAGUGUAAGAGUGAUCUUCAGACUUCAGUGUGUAUUGAGAUCUUUGAAAGCAAACUCGCAGAUUCCACUCCGGAGAUCAUGAUUCAGGAGGGCAAUGAGCCAGGAGAGACUACCCAGAUCACAUACCGUGAACUUCUGGUCCAAGUGUGUCGGUUCAGCAAUGUUCUCCGUAAACAGGGCAUUCAGAAGGGUGACCGGGUGGCCAUCUACAUGCCCAUGAUCUUGGAGCUCGUGGUAGCCAUGCUGGCCUGUGCCCGCCUUGGGGCUUUGCACUCCAUUGUGUUUGCAGGCUUCUCAGCUGAGUCCCUGUGUGAACGGAUCCUGGAUUCCAGUUGCAGUCUUCUCAUCACUGCAGAUGCCUUCUACAGGGGGGAAAAACUUGUAAACCUGAAGGAGCUGGCUGACGAGUCACUGGAGAAGUGUCGGGAGAAGGGUUUCCCAGUGAGAUGCUGUAUUGUGGUCAAGCACUUGGGGCGGGCAGAGCUUGGCACGAAUGACUCCCCCAGCCAACCUCCCCCGAUUAAGAGGCCAUGCCCGGAUGUCCAGAUCCUCUGGAACCAAGGGGUUGACUUGUGGUGGCAUGAACUCAUGCAAGAGGCAGGGGAUGAGUUUGAGCCAGAGUGGUGUGACGCUGAGGACCCACUCUUCAUUCUGUACACCAGUGGCUCCACAGGCAAACCCAAGGGUGUGGUACACACAGUUGGGGGCUAUAUGCUGUACGUGGCUACAACUUUCAAGUAUGUGUUUGACUUCCACCCAGAGGAUGUGUUUUGGUGCACAGCAGACAUUGGUUGGAUCACUGGCCAUUCCUACAUCACCUAUGGGCCACUGGCAAAUGGUGCCACCAGUGUUUUGUUUGAGGGGAUCCCCACAUACCCAGAUGUGAGCCGCCUGUGGAGCAUCGUGGACAAAUACAAGGUGACCAAGUUCUACACAGCACCCACAGCCAUCCGUCUGCUCAUGAAGUUUGGAGAUGAGCCUGUCACCAAGCAUAGCCUGGCAUCCUUGCAGGUUCUAGGUACAGUGGGUGAACCCAUCAACCCUGAAGCCUGGCUGUGGUACCACCGGGUGGUAGGUGCCCAGCGCUGCCCCAUUGUGGACACCUUCUGGCAAACAGAGACAGGUGGCCACAUGCUGACCCCCCUCCCUGGCGCUACACCCAUGAAACCUGGCUCUGCUUCCUUUCCAUUCUUUGGUGUAGCUCCUGCAAUCCUGAGUGAGUCUGGAGAAGAGUUGGAAGGUGAAGCCGAAGGUUAUCUGGUGUUCAAACAGCCCUGGCCAGGGAUCAUGCGCACAGUUUAUGGGAACCACCCACGCUUUGAGACCACCUACUUUAAGAAGUUUCCCGGUUACUACGUGACAGGAGAUGGAUGCCGGCGGGACCAGGAUGGCUAUUAUUGGAUCACUGGCAGGAUUGACGACAUGCUCAAUGUAUCUGGACACCUGCUGAGUACAGCAGAGGUGGAGUCAGCACUUGUGGAACAUGAAGCUAUUGCAGAGGCGGCUGUGGUGAGCCACCCUCAUCCUGUGAAGGGCGAAUGCCUCUACUGUUUUGUCACCCUGUGUGAUGGCCACACUUUCAGUCCCACCCUCACUGAAGAGCUCAAGAAGCAAAUUAGAGAAAAGAUUGGCCCCAUUGCUACACCAGACUACAUCCAGAAUGCACCUGGCUUGCCUAAAACGCGUUCAGGUAAAAUUAUGAGGCGAGUGCUUCGGAAGAUUGCUCAGAAUGACCACGACCUGGGGGACACAUCAACAGUGGCUGACCCAUCUGUCAUCAGUCACCUCUUCAACCACCGCUGCCUGACCAUCUAGUGAACAAGACUCUGUUCUUUACCCAGGGUUCUCCUUGCCUGGUUUUCCAGAGUUCUCCCCAUCCUUCUUGCCCCCCCAUCCAGGAGUACUGAAGGCCAGUGCUGGCCCCUACUCUGUCCCUGAAUGGAGAGUUUUUCUGUGACUUCCAGGCAGAAGGGACAAGGACCAGGUCAGCCCGGACUGAUAUAGGCCCAGAUUGCAAAGAGCUUGCCAAGCCCAGAAGAGGAACCUGAAUGCCAUGUCCCCAAACCAGAUUAGGUAUUCAGAGGGCAAGUAAGGGCCUAGACUGAAGCAGGGGGACAACCUUGUAAUCCUCAGUCAGUUCUCACAGGAAGUACCAGUACUUAUCUUAAGCAUGCAUUUGCCUUAGAAAUGACGUUUGUAAAUCCAGAAAUAAUAAUUAUUUUUAAAAAUUUUGUUACUUCUGUUCUGAGACUGAAAUCCCUGCCAGAUGGCCAUCAUGGCUGCCCGUGUGCUCUAGAGGCUAUGUCUUGAGGGAUUUCAGAUCAUUGACUUCUUUGAAGGAGUACUUCUGCUUUGUUCCUUGGACCAGAGGAGCUCGUCUUGUCCUAUUCUCUCCCACCUGCCGCCAGGGACAGAGCCCUGCCCAUGACAGACACUCUCAGGUGAAACUCUGUUUCCCAAGACAUGCUUAAGCCUCAUGGUUGUAGGAAUAAACUCUGUGAUCUUGAGAAGAUUA